CGCUUGGGAUCAAAAAUAUAAAUUCUACCUUUUGCAUCAAUAAUUACAUAUCAAUAUCACGCAAAUUUAUCUACAGACCUCGAGAUACCUAUCAGAGACGGCCGCUUACGAUAUAGACAUGAGCACCAACAGCGCCAAGAAGGCAAGUGGCAGCGGAAACAGAGGCCCAAAAUGGGGCGAUGUUAAAAAAUGGGAAAGAGGAGUUUCUGCAACAUCAGGAAUGCCAGAAUCAAGAUCUCUUCCCACGUCGCAGAAUGUGGCCAUCGAUACCACAAACUCCCCUGGUUUUGAACAUCCUGGAGUGGCCUCAUCUUGCAUGUCACCUCAAGAAAAAUCUAUUGUUACACUUUCUGCAGAAGACAGGGCAGUUGCAGAGGCAAUAGACGCAAUAGAGGAACUCACAAGCGACUUCGACGCGACCAGCAUCGAGGCAGGUCCCAGUAAGCGGACCCCAGAGGCCACCAUUCAGCAAAAGACGCAAACUCCCAAAUUAGAAACUACCGCUGGACCCUCUCGAAAGAAAGAGUCCCGAACCUGGUCUGUUAACGACAGUCCAAAUAACAACUACCAAGGCCCAUUCCCAACCGACGAUGCUUAUGAGAAUAGCCCUGCAUCAUCUCUGUGGGAUGACGACCAGUCAUGGCAUAUCCCGAGCUACCUCAGAUUUAAUCCAGCGAGACUCUUGAUAUAUCGAAUGAAACCACGGCAAAAAACAAUGCGACAGCGGCUUUCUUCCAUGAAGCAGAAAGCCGUUGAGAUUGCAACCAACGUGGAUUGGGUGAAAGAAGCCAUGGCCAGCAUCCGUAACAAAGCCGGCGCGGAAAGUCCUAAACAUAAAGAGAAGAGUGCCGAAAACUCACGCGCAUGUUCAAAGGACAUAUCUGAUUUGAGCUUAAGAGGUGGGGCCGGUAAUAUGUCGAGCUUGAACGGCGGAGGAAAUGAUAUUCUUGGCUUUGGUGGAGGGAGUGAUACCUGUUGUGCUCAACUUUCUGCCAGUUUGGGAUCCUCGGUGGUUUUUAAUUCAAGCAGCGAGUAUGGCAAAUCACAGAGUUCGCAUUGGGCUUUACAGCAGUCGGAACUCAUCCCAAGCUGUAUUAUUGUGCCAUCGAGAGCUUCCGAGGUGUCAGACGCCAUCUCCAUCAUUUCAACCAUCGAAACAUGCAACUUUGCAAUCAAAGGUGCAGGGCAUGGAACAGUUGUGGGAGCUGCAAAUAUUGAUGGGGGAGUCAAGUUUGAUAUGAGCCAGCUUAACGAAAUCGAGACCAACUCAGAAGGAACCGUCACCAGAAUCGGGGCUGGAAGUCAAUGGGGAGAGGUGUAUGAGUAUCUUGAAAACAGAGGCCUUUCGGUUGCCGGCGGUCGGAACGGCGAUGUUGGCGUAGCUGGUGUGCUCCUCGGAGGUGGCAUAUCAUUUUAUGGCCCGCGAGUAGGCUGGGCAACUGAUAAUAUCUUGAAUGCGGAAGUCGUGCUUGCCUCUGGAGAGAUUGUAAACGCCAACGCCACCUCCAACCAAGAUCUUCUGAAAGCUUUGAAGGGUGGGAACAGCAACUUUGGCAUCGCAACAUCAUUUGAUCUGCGCACAUUUCCUCAAGGGGCAAUGUGGGUGGGUUACCUCGGUCAAUCCAUCAACAGUCGCGAGGAAGUUUUCCAAGCCAUCAGCGAUAUUGCAUCGAAUGCCAAUGAGGACCCUUUUGCUGCUUUGGUGGGUGACUUCAAGUUUAAUUCCGCCACCAAAUCUUGGGUCAUGAACCAUACUGUGGCAUACACAAAACCAGUUGCCAAUCCGCCAAUCUUUCAGCCGUUGGUCAAUAUUAAUCCCCAAUUGAGCAACAACAUUGCAAUUACAAACAUCAGCUCCAUUGCUCUGGGGCAGAAGAUGGGAGCCAAAGCUGCGUACAAUAAGAAUCACCUGUCUUACACGGGCACAUACGGCAACGAUGCAGCACUUCUCUCCAAGAUCUUUGACAUUAGCAAUGCCACCGUUCACAAGAUUAUGCCGCAGAUCAACGGUGGGAUAAAGUGGGUUACAAUGAUGGAGCCGUUUCCAGCACUUGUGGACAGCUUUGGAGGAAAGAAUGGCGGAAACUCACUCGGACUAAGUGCUGAAACUGGAGAUCGCAUUGUCAUCCUGCAAUUGGCGCAAUUCGACGACCGCGAGGCGAAUGACUUGGUCGACACGGAACUCCACAACAUGUUCGAUGAGAUCGCGAGCGUUGCAUCGGAAAUGGGACUCCUGCGCCGAUUCCGGUACUUGAAUUACGCAGACAAGCAGCAGAACCCUAUCAGUUCAUACGGGCCGGAGAACGUGGCGCAAUUGCAAGCCACGAGCAAGAAAUACGAUCCAAAUGGGUUGUUCCAGAGACAAGCGCCUGGCGGGUUUAAGCUUGGGAUGUAG